GGGUAUCAAGUAGCGAUGAAGAAGACGCAGAAGGGCAAGAAGGCACCGGCACCUUGUCCAGCAGCAGCGGCACCAUCGCCCAGCCCGCUGGACAUGUUCAAGGACUGGAAGAGCGAUCGCGUCCACAAGGUAGUCAUGGAGAACUCUAGGAUCAGGGUGGGAGCAGUGGCGACUCAAGGUCCCAGGCCCAAAAUGGAGGACGCCUACGCCUGCGUCCCCGACCUGGACGCCUCCUCCUCCUUCGUCGCCCUCUACGACGGCCACGGCGGCUGCGCGGCAGCGCGCUACUGCGCCGAGCACCUCCACCGGCGCCUCGUCUCCGACCCACACUACAAGAAGCGCGAGUUUGCCCGCGGCCUCCGGGAGGUGUUCGCGAAGAUGGACAGGGCCAUGCAGAGCCCGGCCGGCGCGGAGGAGCUCCGCAAGCUCGCGGAGGACAACAAGGAGGUGGCGGGCGCUGGCAAUUGCGGCACUACCGCGGCUGCCGUUUUGAUCCUGGACGACAGGCUCUUCGUGGCGCAUGUCGGGGACAGCCACUGCACGCUGUGGCGGGGAAACGAGGCCGUGGCGGUGACGAGGGAUCACAAGCCCGAGACGAUGCCCGGGGACUGCGAGAGGGCGGUCAGGGCCGGGGCGACGGUGGUGAAGAACAAGUGGCUCGAGAUUGGCAGCGUGAACUCUCGUGGCGAGAAGGGCCAGUUUGGGCUGCAGAUGACGCGGGCCUUGGGUGAUUUCAUGUGGAAGAGCAACGCGGAGCUGGAGCCCGAGGAGCAGGCCGUGGUGGCUGUUCCCGAGGUUGUGGAGAUUGAUCUCCGCGAUGGUGGAUGCGAGUUCCUGGUGCUGGCGUCGGACGGGGUGCCGCGGGAGUGCGUGGAGAGCAUCUGUCCCAGCGUGCAUGACUGGCUGCUCGAGGAGGAGGAGCACCGGGAGAGGCAUGGAGGUGGUGGAGCGUUCCAGUACCAGCAGGGGAGCAUGGAGCUCGCCUUUUUUUGCGACAGGAUGCAGAGCAUGAGCUUGGAGGUUGACAACAAGACUGUGGUUCUCGUCCACCUCAAGCGCUUCAAGCCCCUGGCUUGAGAAUUCUAGAGCUGUUAUGAGCUGUUGCAAUCUAUAAGAAAUUUUAACAUA